GACGCUUUCCCUCCUCCGCCACGACCGAGUGCUGUUCAAAGACAAGUAUUUGUUGCUGCAAUAUACCGCUUUGUUGCAUUCUUUCCAUCUGACGCGCUGGGAGUUGGCUCUUGACGUCGUAACCCAGUCCAUUCUCGCAUUUUCCUGAAGGUCAGAUCGAUACGAAUAUUGUCUAUCACUCGGGGGCUUUGAUUCACAUCGCCUUCAUCCUCCCACUCCCAUCCCAGUCCAGAUCAGGGCGACCCAAAUACGAAAAGACGCCUUCGCCUACCUACCCCUACCCCAGAAUGUUUGGUUGCUGCGUCGCGGGACGUCCCCUCCAGACGAAUAUCCAGACCAUUGAUGAUACCCAUGCUAUCUUCGAGCUCCCCCACGCGAGUUCGGUGAACCAUGUAUGUGUGUUCUUACUGGGAAAUGUCCCCUUCCCCGAUGGCUAUGGUGCCACCGUACACUUCUUCUGGCCUGGCAAAGGCUUCCAGUUACUGGGAAUGCUCUCGAAUGAGAAACCGUCCGCCAUCUUCCGACUACGGGGCACAUUCUCCAGCACCACAUCCCACUCGAUCUCCAGUGCCAUGAGCUCCCCCUCCCCUUCCCCUGCACCAGAAAACCCUAUGGGCGCCGACGUCGUCGCAGUCCUCGGCAUCGCCAUUGAGCCACUCGAUGCGAUUCAGGCGCAGAUGGCGACGCUCAAUUCUACUCUCUCGAAGCCACCACCAGCGAUGGAGCCCACACUCAUCGCGGAGAAGGUGGUGAAGAAUCUAUUCAACUUCGUCACCGGAUUUGCGAACGGGAUGAUCACUCCCGAGACGCCUGUGCCGUUCGGGAUCAUCAUGCGCUGGUAUGACCAGUUCUUGGGGAAGGUUCGGGCAGGUGGGAUAGGGUUCCUGGAGAGAGAAGCGUAGCGGAAGCUAUUCUUUGUCGUGUCGUGUUGGACUGUAUUCGAAAUGUUGUGAACGCUGUAGCUAUCACCAUGUACAGUACGUACUCUCGAGACCGGCCAUAAUAUCGCCUUCGUCAUGGACGCGUUUCGUCUCGGCGACUUGUCAUUAUUCUCGCUGUCUUACGCGAUUCCUUCGUCUCUCUCUCCAUUUUCCGAGGGGCCCACGGCUCGCUACGCGUUGUGGAGACCGUAGUGGAGGCCGAGUGACCCCAAAGUACAUGUGACCGCGUUGGGGACGUUCAACUUCACGGUGCAAUUUGUUUUUCAACCCAGAG